GGCUCAUUACAAACAUACGAAACUUGCAAUGUAAUAUGCUCUAAAUAUAUUGGACACAAGUCAAUCACUUAUUUCAUGGAUAUAUGAAGACUCAUGCCAUCCAACUUCGAGCAAUACUCAAAGACCGCCUCCGAGCGAUGCUCCCUCCCGGGAAUGCGUCUCGCUUCCGAGCGAUGCUUCCUCCGGGAAUGAUUCAGGCCUUCCGCCUCCGGGAAAGGCUCGAAAAUUGCCUCCGAGCGAUGCUCCCUAUAGGAAAUGUUUUCCGCCUCCGAGCGAUGCUCCCGUUCGGGAAUGAUUCCCGCCUCCGACCAAUGCUCCCUCUAAGGAAUGUUUCCCGCCUCCGAGCGAUGCUUCCUUUCGGGAAUGAUUCCCACCUCCGAGCGAUGCUCCCUCUUGGGAAUGCUUUCCACCUCGGAGCGAUGCUCCUUUUAGGGAAUGCUUCCCGCCUCUGAGUGAUGCACCCUUAGGGGAAUGAUUCACGCCUUCGCCCUCCGCGAGGCUCGAAGACCGCCUUCAGACUUCCAAAAAGCCAAAAUACUUAGGUGCUUCCCAUGAAGCCAAUGGACUAAGCGGUUUCCAGGAAGCCGAAAGACUAAUGCGCUACCCAGGAAGCCGAAGACUUAAGCACUUCCCAGAAAGUCGAAGGACUAAAGCACUUCCCAGGAAGCCUAAGGACUAAUGCACUUCCCAUGAAGCCGAAGGACGAAUGAGCUUCCCAAGAAGCAAAGGACUAAUGUGCUCCCUCGGAAGCCGAAGGACUAAUGCACUUCCCAGGAAGCCAAAGGAGCAAUGCGCUUCCCAUGAAGUGAAGGAGCAAUGUGCUUCCCAGGAAGCCAGCGCUUCCCAAGAAGCGAAGGAGCAAUGCGCUUCCCCUAAAGCCAAAGACUUAAUGUGCUUCCUAAGAAGUGAAGGAGCAAUGCGCUUCCCAGGAAGUGAAGGAGCAAUGCGCUUCCCUGAAAGCCAGAGAUUUAAUGCACUUCCCAGGAAGCGAAGGAGCAAUGCGCUUCCCCGAAAGUCAAAGACUUAAUGCGCUUCCCAUGAAGCGAAGGAGCAAUGCGCUUCCUAGGAAGCCGGGAGCAAUGCGCUUCCCAGGAAGCCGAAAGAGCAAUGUGCUUCCCUGAAAGCCGAAGACUUAAGCGCUUCCUAGAAAGCCAAAGGACGAAAGAGCUUUCCAGGAAGCCGAAGGACCAAUGCGCUUCCCAGGAAGCUGAAAGACUAAAGCGCUUCCCAGGAAGCCGAAGGCGUAAGCGCUUCCAAGGAAGCGAAAGAUACAACGCCUCUCGCUAGGCUAAAAGUAAGAACCAACAUGCUAGAAGACGAAACGCCUCCUAGUAGGGGGGGCAACAUCAACAAGAAGAUAAUAGUUGAUCUUGCCUCACACAAGCAAGACAUUGACAAGACACAUGAGCUCUGAACACAUAUGGGUGCGACAUUGGUGAGACACAAGAGCGUCUUGAGUUAAAACUCUCAAGUCGUGGGGGCCACCAUACCUAGCUCAUAGCUAUGGCUUGCUAACGCUAACAACAAUGGACAAGCGAAGGAACUCUUAACAACUUGAGAGCUAUAGUUAAAGAUAUCGAAAGCUAAGCAAGGGGCAAAAGAAAGGAUCACGCAACUCACACAAGGGGCAAACCGCACCAUCCGGAUUCACAAGUAAGGCAAAUUAAUACACGAUUAACGCAUUA